GUUAAUAUAAUGGAGAGCAUAGCAGGUAAAUGGAGGGCUCUAAGUGGUGAGAACGACUGGGAGGGUCCCUUAGACCCUCUCGACUACGAUCUUCGACGAUACAUCAUUCAUUACGGUGAUAGAGCUGAAGCUGCAGGGGCCGGCUUCAUUGGAGAGGUGACAUCCAAGAAUGUUGGACUACCUCGCUAUCCAAAGGCAACUUUGUUCUCCAAGGUUGGUUUGGAGCAAGGAAAUCCAUUCAAAUACACUGUUAAGAAAUACAACUAUGCAUCAACAUCCGGGAUAACCGAGAACACCCCAAUGGGAAUUGCAGGGAAUUCAAACUAUAUCGGUUUUGUUGCGGUUUCUACUGAUCAAGGAAGCGAGAUUUUAGGAAGGAGGGAUAUUUUGAUUUCGUGGAGGGGAACCUAUCGACUUGCAGAACGGGCCAUUGAUAAACAAAUCGAUUUAGUGUCAGCUCCAAAUAUAUUUGGAUCAGAUAAUAAUGCUAAGAUUCACCAUGGUUGGUAUUCAUAUUAUACCACAGCUGAAUCUCGAUCUACCUACAAUUCAACUAGUUCUCGAGACCAGGUUCAAGAGGCAAUUGGCGAGUUGAUAAAGCAAUACUAUAAUAAGGAGGAAGAUAUCAGCAUUACCGUGACAGGUCACAGCAUGGGUGCCGCAUUUGCAGUUUUGACUGCAACUGAUAUUGUGUUCAAUGGAUUCAACAAGUACCCCACCAGUACCACAGCACACAAGGUCUAUCCAGUCACAGCAAUUGUGCUAGCAUGUCCUCGUUUGGGAGACGAAGGUUUCGCCAAGGUUUUCUCCCAGCUCGAAAACCUUCACGUCUUGAGAGUUAGAAAUACAAAGGACAUUGUCUCUGAUCUUCCUCCGCCCCCUUACGUCCAUGUUGGAAAAGAGUUGAUCAUCGACACUACCACAUCGCCAUUCUUGAAAAACAGUUUCUUAAAUUUAAGGGCCCAUCAUGAGUUGGAGAUCUAUUUGCAUGGAGUUGCAGGACCAAAGGUAGUUGAUGGAAAAAAUGUGUUGGUAGUUGAUAGGGACAUUGCAUGGGUGAACACAGCGACAGAUGAAUUAAAAGAUGAAAAUAAUGUUGUUGCUAAUUGGUGGGUCAAGGAAAACAAAUCUAUGGUUCAAAUGGAUGAUGGAAAGUGGGUGCUCAAGGACCUUGAUAUAGCUGAAGAAGAUGAUUAUAUAUAAUCUAUCAUUGCCCUUGAUCAUUUGAACUACGUACUUCUUCUAGGUCGUCUUGGUCGUAUGAAUAAUAAAAAAAUAAUAAUAAGCCACUGCUAGCUUGGUUUGGGGCUUAGGUUGUCUCUCAAUUUAAAAUAAAAAUAAGUUUCGGCAAUGCCAUUUAAUUUGCUGAAACUUAUAUAUGCAUUUUCAAUAAGGUU